AUGGCAUUCGCAGGGGAGGAGGGGGUGCCACGCGAUUGGCCUUGGGUAUUGCAGGGCCUCGCUCACCGUCGGUUUGGCCAAGGAACAGGGUGCCCUGUGGACAUCCUCGAGACGAUUAUCUACUGUGAUGGAUCCCCCGAGGCGCUCUACUACACCAGCGCGGGGCGCGUCGUGUCCAGAGCUAUCGCAGAGGACGAAGGAUGCAUCACAUUUGCCAAAGCCAUGGCGCACCUUCGACCUUCGAAGAAGUAUGUUGGUGCCCUGGCCGAUGCUAAUUCUUCCGGUGCGGAGGGCGGCGUCGGGGUGAACGGAGCUGUGGCCUUCACGUCAACCGGAGAAGCUAUCCCCGUCAAGACAGUCGACUUGGGGAAGAUCCGCAAGGCCCAGGGCACCCCUCCCAUGGGUACGGUUGCUCUGGUUGUCCUCAUACCCCCGAAAGCCCCUUGCGUAGAGCCACUGCUCAGCAUUCAGCACACAUUCAUCGUCGAGCCCUGUACGGAGGCUUUUAGUGGGGCUCGCGUGCUCCGGCUCGUGCUGGAAGUAGUUGAGGACGUCUUGGGCGACUUGCGGCUCGUGCGCUCCUCGGAGUGUGUCACGACCAAAUCCGUGCCUCCGUACAGCCGGCAGCGUCGAAGCCCAUCCCCGUCUCAGUCCAAAACCGCACGGCUCCAGUCCGCACAAGACAUUGCCGAUGAGCUGUUCCUGCUACGAUACGGGCACGCCAUCGGGGAAAGUGCACCGUGCCCCCCUUCUGAACUUGGUAUGCUUGCAACAAGCCCCUUAGGUCGAGAGGAUCGGAGAGAACCGAGGGCAGAAUCGCAUCGACGAGCACAGACUGCCAUGUCACCGACCGAAGCUCGCGGCAGCCAAGGGACGCUUGAUGCCGAAGAGUGGGGGUUCAAAACCGAAUCACCCGCCAGCACAGUGCGUGGCACGAGGAGGCCACAAACAGAGUCUACGGAACGUAGCAGCGCGGAGAUGGCUUCCACUUUCAACACAGCUCAGGCUAGGGGAAACCGGAGGGAUGGUGGAGCAGGGGAUGUCCGUGAUAUUGGGGUGACAUUUCAGGGCUUUGCUGCACCAGGGGAGCAUGAUCCGAGAGAGAUUGGGCGUACUGUGGCAGCCGGACGAGCGCUUGGGAGUAGCCAGCUCGCUCGUAUGUGUCAUGGGGACUUCUGCGACACAGACUUGCCGGAUAAGAUUCAGCAGCAAGCAAGGUUUGAGCUAGAGGAAAGCGGAAACGGAUCACUCAACCUCGCCGCUCCUCUCCACCCCCAUUCGUCUUCGGGACGGACAAGUGCAGAUCCCAAUGGCAGCGUCGGCACGAGCGCGUUUCGAACGAAAAUCCUCAAGCUCGACGAAGCUGCUCUGCAAGACCACGGCGUGCUGCCAGCUGACGGCGGGGUGGUCAAAGGGAGUCACGUCACGGAGCAGCGGUCGCCACGAAAGGGCAAGGGAACGGCGGACAUCGCUAGAAAAGGGACAGGGAUCGAUGACACUUAUCGACCAGGCGGAGGUGGUGGGAGGCUUCCCCGACGAUCGAAAUCGGCAGUCGACAAAGGAAAAGAGGCACAGGCGGAGUGGGACGAGAUCCCGUUUUCAUGGAUAGUUCGCGGGAGGCAAGAGAGCCACCUGAUCGAUCAGCAGCUGCGUCGAUAUCGCAGGGGGAAUAAGGAGCCCUUCGUGGACCAUCUCUCCAGCCUCGGCGAUAGCUCGGUGUCGCUCGGUGCAGUAUUCCCGGCCACCUACUACAAGCCCGUUCGGGUCUGCGGGAAUUGCUACCGUGUCUAUAGCAUGGUAGACGAGGCCAGAACAAAGUCCGUAAAACGGCUCGAUGCACAGGCGGCGGCAGCCGCAGGGGAAAUGGGGACAGAGCUAUAUGCAGACCAGGGUGUAAAUUGUAGUAAUGGCAUCCGAGGACAGCAUCAGCGAGCCCCGAAAAGAGCACGAAGUGGGGCCGAAACGCGGCGGGGAGAGUGGGUGAGUCGUGUCCAGAGUAACGCGUCUCGAGAACAAGCGGCGGAUGCCCAGAUUCGCGGUGGCAGCCCAAGUCGGGGCGUCUGUCAGCCGCCUGACGACAUCCAGACGUUCUCCACUGCUCAGGGAGCUUGUCUUGGAAAGGGGAUAGAGGAAAAAGGGUGGGAACGACAGAACGAAACAUCGCUGUCGGGAGAAAGCCGUGCUCUAAUGCGCGCCCAGGCCGCCAUUGACGGACUCACCCGGGGAGAUAUCUGCGAGCUCCGGUCGUUCGCCAAGCCCCCGGCGGCGGUGAACAUGGUGACGGCCGCGUUGAUGAUUGCACUAACCGGACAAGGAGAACCCACUGCCGCAGGUUGGCUGUCCGCGAGACGGUACAUGACCAACAUUGACAAGCUUUUUACAGCGAUUUCUGGACUGAACCUGAACACCCUUAGGGUUUCCCAGACAAGGAAGUUGGAGACUUACACCAGGAACCCGGCAUUCCGACCGGAAAUCGUUGCGUGCGUGUCGCUCCCGGCGUCAAAGAUAUGUGCCUGGGUUCUUGGAGUCCUGGAAGCUCAUAGAUGGCGCACGGGCAGAGGGCACUCGCGUAGCAGCACGCUUACGCAAGGACCCGGGCUGGAAGCCAACACGAGCAACGGAGGCCGCCACCGACAGAAGCAUAGCUUGCCUUCUUCGAUACCCCCAUUCCCCUCGGCCUCCUCCGUGGCCCAAGCACAACCCAGCAACACGCCGCUGUUUCUCGCAAGAGAUCGGCAUUCUUUGCCCAACGGCACGACUGAUGGUGACGUCGCUAGCACCCGCCGUUGGACGAGUUCUACUACGCCGUCACGGGUUACGGUUGCGCUUGGCCCAACUGUGUACCCGUUUCCCGCGCCGGGUACCGCCGCCACCACCGCCACCGCUGCUGCAGCUGCCAAUGAUUCUUCGACUGGUACACACCAAUGCUCGAAAGGCCACCUCGUGGGUGGCCGUGGUGGCGAGACAAGGCCCAACACUACUGUAGGCUUCAACCCCCGAAGCCUUCCGCAGCCGGCACUGCCACAGCAAGCCUGGAUUCCAGGGGGGGUGGGGCCGGGAUGUGGUUCCGCCGCGACGAUAGUGAUUGGGUCACCAAGCCGCGCAGGAACUGCCCCGGGUUCAGGCUUGCGCAACACCGGUAACAAAAGCACGGCUGCUGCGGUGGGCAGAAACGGCAGUUCACGCCAUCCAGCGCCGGGGUCGGGCGUGGGGGGAGGGAGAGGACAGACCACGCGGGCGGGCCGAGCGGCGGCAAAACGCCGCCAGGACCGGGUGGGCGAGAGGCUCGCGAACGCCACGGCGGCGGCGCCUGACCCGGCCGGUUUCGAAAGGUCUGAGUUUUUGUGUGCGGAUGGAGUUACGCUCAUGCCGUACGCCGUCAUCGGAACUGGAGCGCCCUUGUUGUCGGUGCCAACGUUGGGGGGUACUGAGGGGGGGCGGGGGGAGCAAAACGGCGGCGGCGGCGGCGAGAAAGACUGGGGACCCGGUCAAGAGGGGGGCGUGGCGAACGGGGGGGUGUUAAGUUUCGUGGUGGUUCACGACUUUUUCGAUACGCUGGAGAAGACAUUUCUGCUUUUCAAGCCGCUCGUUCUGAAGUAUCCGGGGUGUCAAGUGCUAUGCUUCAACUCGCCGGGCCAGGCUGGGACGCGCCUUCCGCCUGAGCCUGAAGGCUUGCUAACCAAUGUCUGGGUUGCGGAUAGGCUGGACGAGUUGAUGCAGCACGUGGACAACAUGGGCGAGAUGCCACUAUCGGAUCGGCCUUUCCACCUGCUGGGGAUCGGAAACGGCGCCAGCAUCGCGACCGCCUUCGCCUGUCAUCACGCCUCCAAGAACAAAUGGAAACCAACUCUGAGGUCCUUGGCGUGCGUCAAUGGCUUUGCGACUGUGGACGCACAGCUUGCGGCGGUGUUGCACUCUGCGCAAAGAGCGUUCGAGUGCUUCCCUCCCGAGAGACCCGAUCUUCCUAUCUCCUUUUGGAGCAGGUUUGUCUUCAGCGAGGGUUACCUGAAGUCCAUCGGGUCAGAUCUCGCCCUCAACAUUCUGUGCGCUGUGGCCAACCCGCUGGGCGUCGAAGGAAUGCUCCGCAUCGUGAGGGGUGCUCUCAGAAGCCGCGACCUGACGAAAGAUCUCAAGACGAUGGCGCUACCUCUUGUGCUCGUCCAGUCGACCGACAACGUGCUGAUUAACGCGGCCAAUGUCGACCCGUUCCUGGAGGGGCGCCGUCCACGCCACGUCUGGUCGCAUCAGCUUCGCCUAGGUGGUGCUUCCGCGGCCAACAACAGCGGCAAUGUCGCUGGGAACCGCGGGGAAAACGCCGUUUCCUGCAUAGGCUCAGGAGGCGAGCUGGCGCUCUUCGAGUCGCUGUCGGCCGGCGCCGGGGGCGCCUUCGUAGCGUGGGUGAAGGGUGGCCACGAGACGCGACAAGAGUGCAAACGGCUCGUCGUGGACGUGCUGGACCUACUUGCUGCUCCGGGUGGGCAGGAGGCCAGCUUCUUCCGGAGAGGAGCGCAGGUCAAGCGACCUUCGGGGAGUAGGGUGGGCAUCGCCGCCAAAGGGAAUAGAGGGGCCAAGGCGGGGGCGGCGGUGCGAACAAGGUCGUUCGUCGAUGGUGAGGCACGAGAAAGUGGGUUAGAUAUCGUCGGCGGUAGCAGCGGGGAAAACAUUAUGACAAGGGAGGAGGGCAACGGCGGCGGGAUGAUACAUACUGGAACGACUGCAAUGGAUGGCACGAUGUCGAAGGACUCGAACGCGCUCGAAGGAGGGGAGGGGAAAGGAGGACGGGCAGGGGGAGGAGAUGCAGGAGAGGAUACGAACUCGGCAACGGUGGGGGCAGUGGGGGUUGCCCAAGGUGAGGCAGCUACUGUGGAACGAGACGGGACGUCAGGGUCGGCAUACGGCUACGCAUCACUCCGGAAGAUCAAGGAGCGAGAACCCCUCCCUGAGUUCCCGAGGAAUUGUGUUCGGAGAACCUGCCCACUGAACCGAGGUGGAACAUCGCCGGCGGACCGAGAUUCGUCGAGAACACGACCGUCCUCUCGAGCGUUCACCGCUCCUGCUUCGCCCGGAAAGCGUCCCCGAAAGCAACGCGGUCACGAUCGGGAUCAUCGAUCGGGAUCGUCAGAGAGUCUACGAUACCACGGCCGUGAGGGCCAGGGAUCCGGUCCAUCGCCGUCCCGGGCAGGAUUGUCGCAGGCUUUUGAUGGGGACGACCCCUUGCACCAGGACGACAACAUCGGGGGCGAGGUUGUCACGCUCGAUGAGGCCAUCGCGGACUUCGACGACGCCCUUCGCGAUCACCGCAGCAAACGAAGGGGGCUUGGGUCAACAAUACCGGUGCCUUCGCUGGCUUCCCCAGGAAGGAACAGUACCACCGAACCAGGAAAGCGUGGUAGCAGGUCACAGGAGGGACCUGGUCGGGCGAUGGGUUCUCCACUCCACGACACGGCGGCAACCAGCUGGUUCGACGGGGAAGCGACGUCUUGGGCGACCAUGGAUCUCGCGAAAGGUAACGGCCCUCGGGAGACGCUUGCAUUGGAUGAACAUCGGGGGGGCAUGCCAGCUGGAAAUACGAGCAUUACCACCCGAGAUGGCGGUGCAACAAGCACUGGGAUAACUCAGGUGACCAGUACCACGCAGAAGGCCGGUGCACCACCUACAACACUGCCAUCCGGCCACGCCGACGUGGGUGGUUUCAAAGUCGAGCUCAAAUUGAAGCAGGACCCGAUUGGCGAUUCCGAGGUCCGUGAGAUGACACCGCCUGGCACGGAACACGGACGCACGCCGGACUACCCUGUGUCCACUUGUCCUCCGCCUGGGAACGAAGAGCCCGGUACGGGUGAAGGAAGAAUCAUCGCUCCUGAAGGUCUCCAAGCCACGCAGUCACUAGAUCCCGUGGGUUCCAGACUCGCUAGCCUUCUCGAGAGCACGAGAGUUGGUUCUCCCGGCGUGAAUUCUGGAACCACAGUUCCGGCGGCGGAAGGGAGAGGCGAAGAUGCCGGAAUGCCGGAGGGAGUGGUUGAUGCCGGGGAACCAAGCGCGACCGACGGCCCUUUAGCUUUGCUGCCAGCAGAUCCAUCGCGGCCGCCCCCACCGUUCCCGAAUACCCAGGGUCUCGUGACACGUGAUGCGCACGUUUCCACCCAAGGAGGGGGCGGGGGAGUCGUAGCAGGUGCCAAGGGUGUUUCCUUGACGCAAGAGGAACAAACAGCGACAACCGACGACCCAAGGGUGACGAUGAGCGAGAACGGGGUCGAGAAAUGUUCUGUCGAUCCGCCAUCCGCUGAGGAUCAAGAACCUACCCCGUCCGGCAGGAGCGAAGCGCCUUCUACUACGCUACCAGAGACCACCAAAAUCACUGCUGACACUAAGACCAACGCUGGCGCUGCGGUAGUCACCGCACCACAGAUCGCCCAAGCCAUGGAAUGUCCGGACCCCAUCGCGACUCCCGAGCAGCGAACGGCCGGAGACUGGAUGCAGGGAACCGAGCACAGCACCGCCGCGAGCAACGGGGGACCCUGCCGACUCCCGGAACCGCUUGCGGUAGCGGUUGCGGAGGCCGAGCUCGCGGAAAAGGUUGACCGGCUGCAGUUCAACCGCCUCGCAGCCGAGCGCGAACAGAACGAGGCACUGAAUGACGAGCGCGCUUCGAAAUUUGAGCGAGAACGCGCCGCCCGCGCCAAGGGUUUCGUCGAGCAGGAUAGGCUAACUCUAGAGGCCGAGAAGCGGCGCCUUGCGGAGCUGCGGCGUGAGGCCGACCUCAGCCGUCUGCAGCGCGGCGCCGAGUUCGACGAGAACGACGAAGUGCUGGCGGUGGCACCAAGAAGGUCGGCGCCGGCGGAGACGACGGGGGCCACGCCUAUGCCCGUGAGGGGCAUGCGUCCACAGCACUUCACCGAGCAGGAAGAGCUCCCGGCGUCGAUAAAGAAAAGCCUCAACCGUCCGGCGGACAAGGUGCUCGACGAGAUGCAGCGGCUGGAAGCACGGGCGAAGGCCGCCGGCGGCAGCGGCAUGACCUUGGAGGCGUUCGAGAGGGUGGAGCAGCGGCAGCAGGUCAGGCAGAUCGAGCGCUUGGAGAUCCUGCACGGGCAGACGGCGGAGGAAAAGGCCGUGACCAUGCUUGCGAUGGCCGUGAGGCUGCAGAUGUUCGCCAGGCAGAGGCUCGCAAGGAUGCGAGUUGAGCGUUUGAAGUACGCGCUUUCGACUAGUCAGGAGAAGAUCGCUGCUGCAACGGCAAUUCAGUCGCUGGUGAGGGGCCACCUCAGGCGAAUAUCGGUACGCCGCAUGCGCCGGCAGCGUCUCGACGAGAGCAUCCUCGGGGGUCGAGCUACCACGAUACAGAGAGUGUACCGCGGCCGACUCGGACGGUUGGUGUUCGUCGAAAAGCUGAGGGACGUGCGGUGUCGGGUGCUGCAAAAAGCGGCCCGCGGUUUCCUGGGCAGACGAGUGGCGGCACGCAAACGUGCGCUGCUGGCGCGGUUUGCCGCCCGAGCAUCGUCAGCAACCAAGCUCCAGUCGGCUUGGCGAGGGAAGAUGGCGCGGGACAACUACCUCCGCGCUCGGUGCUCCUGGCUGGCUAGCCGCGAGAUUCAGCGCAUGUACCGCGGCCACCUCGGGAGGCGGGCAACCCGACGGAGGCGGGAGUGGCAGUCGGCGGGGCCCGGCGCAGAACGCCUGAAGCUGGGUUUGCGCAUGAUCGAAGACACUAAGGUGGGGCGCGCGCGAUUCGUGGCAUUCGUCAAACAACAAGGCGAGAUCGCGGCCCUCAACCGGGCGCAAGAAAAAGCCGAAGCUCGCGUGUCCUCCAUCCAUCAUCAGCUCACCGCCUCGGAGUCUGAGCUUAGCGUACUAGAGAGGGAAAUGGCGGAGCUGACGCACGAGCGAGACCUGAUAUCGCGAGGUAUCACGGGCGCUGCCGGCAUCCCGAAAACGGGGAGACCGCGUUCGAAGAACGGCGGCGGCGGCGGCGGCGGCGGCGGGGGGGGCGAUGGAGAUGACGACGACCACGACGACCACGACGACUUCGGUAGCGGUAGCGGUGAUGGCAGAGGGGGAGGGAGGAAGGGGCGAGGGAAGAAGGAGUUGAACAAGGAGGACGCGUACGCCUUGGAGAUGCAGCUGCAGCUGAAGCGGGCGGAGCGGGAGCAGCGGCGCGUGCAGCUGUCCGCUGAGUUCGCGUCGACCUUUGCGGAUGUUUCCGACAAGAAGCGGCAGCUGGAUCGCCUGAGCUCGGCCGUGGCGGAUAUUGAGGCCACGCGGCAAAGAAAGUCACGGGAGUUUGGACACAUGCAGCGCAACUUGAUGGAGCUCCUUUCAGAGCAGAAGAGAGAGUUGGACAUCGUCCGCGAGAAGGGGGUCCAGCUAGAAACGGCCGCCGCCACCAGCGCUGCUGCGGCUGCCGCCACCGCGCAACGCGCCCGAGAUCAUGAGGCCAAAGCGGCGGCUAUGUACGGGCAGACGGAGGAGCUGAUGAAGUUCCAGUUCAUGUCCAUGUCACUUAGCUACUUUAGUAGCCUCAACAUGAUGAAGCAGAUGCGAGACAUCAACGCGGACACUACAACGGCGGCUAUCGCAGGCAGCGCAGACGCUGCGGCGGCCGCGGCUGCCUCCGCAGCGGCUGCUAGCAUCCCGUCACUCAAGCAGACCGGAGAUCUCGGAGGGGACGCCGGGCGGCUCAUUUUCGAUGGCCUCUCGGAUAGACCGCUUUCCCUAUUCAUCCUCUCACACACGCACACGCCCUACCCCACCUGCGCAUUCCUCCUGGUAGUUACGAAAGCUCUGGCGGUGCGCAGGGAGAAGGUGAAAGCUACAAGAGCGGAGAUCGAGGAGGCGGAGAACAGCCAACGGCAUCCUUUCCCGACAGAGUUGUGCUUGUGGACCGUGGACGACGUGUGCCGGUGGCUGGACACAUUACAGCUCGGAGAGUACAAGCAGGCGUUCCGGGAGGGAAAAGUCGAUGGAAGCUUCCUGGGCGAGCUACGGGAGUCAGAUCUCAUGGACUCGAUCGGGAUGGAGCACAAGCUACACCUCAAGAAGCUGCUGCUGGCACGGCAGAAGCUCACCCCCCUUUCUGCGGCCGAACAGUCGAUGGCGAGCAGCGUCAGACGAGAGGACCAGGCGACGUCCAUAAGGGAAGAGAUUCCCGACGUGGACACCGCAUUCUCUCAGGCGAGACAUGGCAAGAAAAAGCGCCUGGUAGAGACAUUAAAUUCGGGCUUCGAUAUCAACGCGGAAGACUCCAUGGGCAACACCCUUCUACUCGUUGCCGUUCAGCAGCUACAGGUUGUAUCUGGUGCACAACGGCCCCGCAACCUCCCGAGGAUCAGGUUGCACGCCGACGUAUGCAGCUAG